AUGAAUUCGAGCAAAAGCACGGCAGUUGAGGAGGCACAGACGGACAUUCGCGAGCACACGCAGGCAAUAAUCAACGAGCUUGGGUCUUUGGCACAGGAGGUGUCCGGUGGUACAGAGAUCCGCGAGCUUCUCUCACGGGUAUCGCGACAAACAGCAAUGUCCCUGGAUAUGUGCAUAAGGGAUACGCAGCAGGCUCUGGUGGGCACCCAGGGGCUGGCCACACGACUGGCAGCGAAAACUGAGGACACACAGGAGAAACUUAAAACACUGACAAAGACGAUCGACAUAGUCAAAGUUGCCAAGGACACGGCGCGGAGGAUCGCACGACAAGCCCACCGGCGCUACUUCACAACGCACGUGCAUUCCAUGGACAGCUUCGACCGCACGAUACUUUUCCAAGCCACGCCUCCGCUCACAAUCUUCCCCUCAAACAUGCGCAAGUUCUGGCGGUUCCUCUUACGCAAGUCCCUCCCCCACGAUGCACUCUCAGCGCUGAGGUUUGCAGUGUUUGGGUUGGGGGAUUCGCACUACGAUGGGUUUAAUUUCGCAGCUAAGCGGUUGUUCCGAAGACUCAAGGCGCUGGGCGCGGGGGAGAUUGUCGGGCGGGGGGAUGGCGACGAUGCGCAUUAUUUGGGCCUGGAUGGGGCGCUGGACCCGUGGCUGGACCGCCUGUGGGCCGGGGUGGAGGCAAUUUACCCGCUGCCUAGGGAGAUUAUGCCGGAGGAUACGGUUCCGGAGCCGGUGUUCAGAGUCGAACCGGCGGUCGGUGGCGAGGGACGGGCCGAGGAACGGGCCGAGGGAUGGGCCGAGGAACGGGCCGAGGGAUGGGCCGAGGAACGGGCCGAGGGAUGGGCCGAGGAACGGGCCAUGGACAAGGGCAAGGCCAAGGGCAAGGACAGGGACAGGGACAGGGACAGGGACAGGGACAGGGACAGGGACAGGGACAGGGACGGGGACAGGCACAAGGACGUGCACGUGGACGUGGGCGACGGAUCGGUGGCUGCGCGGCUCGUUCUCAACGAGCGGCUCACGGCCACCGACCACUUCCAGGACGUGCGGCAUCUUCACUGGGCGCCCGGCGACACCUGCAUGCUGCGGCCCAGCAACCCGUCCUCCGCCGCCACCGCGUUCCUCCACGCCAUGCACUGGGCCGACCAGCCGGUGGCAAUCGCCGGCAGCUCUGGCCUGCCCCAGUGGGUGCCCCGGCACACAACGCUCUGGCACCUGGCAAAGCACUGCCUGGACAUCACAGCGGUGCCGCGCCGGUCGUUCUUCGAGCUCUGCGGGUCCGAGCUCGCAUCCACGCAGGGCCAAGACGACCUGCUGGCAUACUGCGUGCGGCCGCGGCGCACGAUCCUCGAGGUGCUCGACGACUUCCCGCACUCGCGCGUGCCCCUGCGCUACCUCCUGGACCCCAGGGUGGAUUUGACGGUGGCCGUGGUCGAGUACCGCACGGUUAUGCAGGCGCCGCGGCUUGGGCUGUGCUCGCAGUGGCUGCGGCGCAUGCAGAUUGGUGAGGUUGUGCGCAUGCGCGUUGAGCGCGGCACCAUGCGGCUGCCGGACGACGCCCGCCCGGUGAUCAUGGUUGGGCCUGGCACCGGCAUCGCCGCCUUCAUGGCCUUCAUCGGCUGCCGGCGGGAGCAGGCGCCUCGGCCGAUUUCCUCUACGAGCAGCAGCUGCGCAGGUGGGUUGAUGGGGCUGGCUGACUUUGUUCUGUGCUUUUCGCGCGAGGAUGAGGGCGCAGCGUACGUGCAGCGGAGGAUUGGCGAGAACUGGUGUGUCUUAUGGGAGAUGAUUAGUGAGCGGGACGCCAUGGUGUAUGUGUCUGGGAGCGCCAAUGGGAUGCCGCAGGAUGUGCGCCGGGCUUUUGUGGACGUGGCCGUGCGCGGCGGCGGGCUGUCGGAGGACGACGCCCUGGCGUAUGUAAGGUCGAUGGAGCGGCAGGGCCGGUACCAGGAGGAGUGCUGGUACUGA